UUAGAAGAGAAGUACCUGGAAGGAAGCGUCUUUCAUCUUCUCAAGUUGAUUCAGCACGAAAACCUAAGAAUGGGGGGAAGUUCCAGCUUCAGGGAUGAGUUUACCUUCGAGCAAAGACUCGAAGAAUCGCUGGAUAUUGUGGCCAAAUACCCCGAUCGUGUCCCUGUGAUUGUUGAAAGAUAUUCGAAAUGCGAUCUGCCUGAUUUGGACAAGAAAAAAUACCUUGUUCCCCGAGAUUUGUCUGUUGGGCAUUUCAUUCAUAUUUUGAGUUCCAGACUUCGUCUGCCCCCUGGAAAAGCUCUCUUUAUAUUUGUGAAGAAUACCUUACCUCAAACUGCUAGUUUAAUGGAUUCUGUUUAUAAAUCAUUCAAGGAUGAGGAUGGAUUUCUUUACAUGUAUUAUAGCACGGAGAAAACCUUCGGUUCAGUACAUAAUGUAAAAUAUUAAACUCUGUACACUAUUGUAAACAACACUGGCAUUGUGAAGUACUUCUUGUAUCAGAACCCUUGUACAAAUUUGUUGUAUGGUGUUAAUUUUUAACUGAUUAUUCUAUUCUGAUUAACCUGGCCAAUACAAUAAUGCGUG